AUGGGGACUAAUACCUCUGGGUAUCACCUAGCCCUGGGACUUCUGGGUUUGUCCAUAAUUUUAUUCAAUUUCAUAGUUUACCCAGCUACAGUACAAAUGUUACUAUAUACUCUUUUGAUAAUCUAUUCUGGGUCCAAAUCUAGUCUUGAACACGGGGAUAGGGGAUAUCCACAAGUUUUUACCGAAUUUGACGCAUUUAUUUUCCCAAUAGCGGGUUCGUUUAUCUUAAUAACAAUUUAUUUUGCCUACAGGCUUUUUGGGAUUUAUCACAUCAACUUGUUGAUGUGUGCCUAUUUGACCAUAAUUGGCUACGUAUCGCUUACUAAUUUACUAUAUAAUUUUUUUCACCCAUUUUUUGCGUUAUAUUUAACUAGCAAAUGUUAUAACUUCCCCAAUAAAGAAAACCCUACGAUAAAUUUCUCUGUUGAUACUCCAAUCUACUCUAUUGCAUCACUACUAAUAGUCUCCGCUUGGCUUAAGACCAAACAUUGGACACUGCACAAUAUAAUAGGGAUCGCAUUUUGUAUAGAAGCAAUUAGGACAGUAUCCAUUGGCAAUUUGAUUAUCGGAGGCAUUUUACUGUGGGGAUUAUUUCUCUAUGAUAUUUUUUGGGUCUUCGGCACCAGCGUAAUGACGACUAUAGCAAAGGUUUCAGAUGCACCAAUUAAACUAUUUUUACCAUACACUAACAGCUACAAGGAAUUUUGCAUUAUAGGCUUAGGGGAUAUAGUACUACCAGGCAUAUUCAUAUCUAUGACCAUGAAAUUUGACAACUAUAUAGAAGCAGCCAAUGAUGGUAAAAAAAGCAACCAUUUUUGGUUUACCCUACUUAGCUACCAAAUUGGCCUAUCUUUUGCGGGGUAUGCACUGAAUAAGUAUAAUUCGGGGCAACCAGCUUUGUUGUAUUUGGUACCAAGCAUUUCAUUGGGUUUUUUAACAUCUAUUUUCGUGUCGGGUCAUGCUGCUCUUGCGCUAGAAUUUGAAGAGCAGCAACGUUUAUAA